CCUCCGGUCUUCCGACAGAGCUCGUGACCUGAUUUGGUUUUUCUUUACCACUGGACAAACUCAGAUGCAUAACCAUCGUCCGCUGUCUGGUUACGCGACCGGACGGCCUCCUCUUUAUUGUUAAACAUGUAAUUUCGGUAAUAAAUCAGUAGUUAAAGCUACACCAGAGGACGAACCGGUAUGUGGAGAGUUCAAGGUCUAGUCGCAAGAGUUCUGCAUCGGUACCAUGGCAGCAGUACUUUACGGCUCCCCCAGUCCCACCAGGUGGAGGAUGAGGUCAUCAGCGGCUCAGCUGCUCUUUCCACUUCUAAAAACUCCUUCGACAACAGAUCUCAUGAGGAUGAUGGGGAGAGAAGGAAGAAAGAAAAGAGGUUUCAGUUUGGGCACACCGAGCUUCCAGGUUACACCGCUCUGGAUGCUGUGGGAUGGGGAGCAGCGGCGGUGCUGUUCAUGCAGAUCUGCAGAAGGAUCCACUCCAAGUUUUCUUCAGGCACCGAGCCCAGUCCCAGUCCUGGAACCCUGACAGCCCCAUCAUCUCUGCAGAAAUGUGGAUACCGCAUCCUGCUGGAAAUCUUAUCAAGACGUGAUGUCCUGCCCAGAGCAACAAAUGUCUUAUGCCUGCAGGCUGUGCCAGAGAGACAGAAUCAGGAUCAAUCCUCAUCUCAAAGCUGCAGCAGCGAAACUACUGACAGUUCCCUCUCUGACCACCAGGAGGAACACCUGAGCAACAAUUUGCAGAUUCCUGAGAACCCUGUUUUUAGCUCUCGACUGCAAACUGAAUCUAACCAAAAACACACAGAAAAGAAAGAGAAGGAAGUGUCAGAUAAAGAGCGGGUUACAGAAGCAGCACACAACCUCAGAAGUGUUGGAGAAACCAGUGUUCCCAUAAUCCUUAACAUCAUUGGUCUAGAAAGUGCCAAGAGCGGAAACUAUGAGGAGGCUUUCUGCUGCUUUCUAGCUUCAGCUCAGCACGGCUACAACAAGGCGCAGUUUAACACAGGGGUGUGUUACGAGAAAGGAAGAGGAGUAGGCAAGGACGAGAAGAAGGCUCUGCAUUACUAUAAGCUUGCAGCCAUCAGUGGUCACAAAGAAGCUCAGUACCGCUAUGCAAAACUGUUGCUGACCAGCAGGGGGCAUCAGAAUCUGGAGGAGUUGGACACAGCCAUUAGGUUACUGGAAGAAGCAGCUAAAACUGGGCUCACCAAGGCUCAGAUCUGUCUGGCCUCCUUCUACUCUCAAGAUCCUGUCAAAAAUGGGUGCAAGUCUGUUCAGUAUCUGAAGAUGGCAGCAGAGAGCGGAGAUAACUCUGCUCUGUUCCUGUUGGGUCAGUGUUAUGAAAACGGCAUCGGUGUGCCACAGAAUGUAAAGACUGCAGUUGAGUUCUACACACGAGCUGCACAAGCAGGACACAAGCAAGCACAGCGCUUACUGACACCUUAUCAUUCAAACAGUAAAGAUACAUCGAUUCGCUCCAUCCGCUCAGCUCCGUGCUUCUCCUCAGCCGACAUUCGCCUCCAGUCGCAUUCUCCUCUUGCCAGUCGUGUCUUGUCCUCCUCCGCUCUUCCUCUCCUCCCUCACUCCCGGAGCACCAGCUGCCUGUUUGCCCCUCCAUCCCUGUCUUCUGCACCUUUUCACUUCCACCCCCCAGGCACGGAGCGGAGAGCCUGUCAGUGGACAGUUGGGAUAGGAUAGGUGGCAGGAACCAAAGCAAAACAAGUACGAGGAAUGUAUUUCAGAGACUGAGUGUAACAUUGGUCAUUUGCGUUGGGUCUGCAAAUACUGUGAGGUCUGGAUAAGUGUUUUAUAGCUCACAUCUGGAAGAUGGUUUAAAAUAAAGUCUGACAAUGAAAAAGCUUUUACUCUUCCAAAAGGCUAGUAAUGUCUUUUGGUUUUCUCAUUCAGCGUUGCCUUAUUAUGUCAAGCUUCUCUGUUUCCGCACAAUUACGGAGGGUUAAUCUCAUAGAAAGAAGUACUCUUGCCAAAUAAUGCUGGGAGGUUUCUCAUCUUUUUUGAAGCACUGUCAUUUAAAAUAUGUCUUUGGGAAAUGUGAUAUCUCUUACUUUAAAGAUAACUGUUCUCUAAGCCAACCUGUUAACAUUUAUGCCAGUGUUAAUUUUCUAAGAGGAUGUUAUUAUGUGAAGCGCUUAUUUUGAAAUAAAA